CUGGGCUGAUUAGCGAUCAGUUGGUAUUCGGUACUGCGGAACAAAUAUCAAACUAGAUGAGUUUACCACAACAAAACCAUGUCGCCUGAUUAGGAGUUAUCAUGCCGUUAACAGCAGCCUGAGGUCAAAAAUUAGACCAUGACAUGCUUUCACAGAUCUUUUGAUUUGUUUGUUUAAUGUCAGUCUGCAUGUGAUGAUAUUAGAUGUUGUUAAGCGUUACGUGAUUGUUUGAUUGAAGUUGAGCAACAAGAUCUAGGUUAUCGAUCAGGUCAAUGUACCAAGAGAUCCAACCCGUCCUCAGGAGCAUAUCACCAGAUGUACGUGUUAGUGAUCUGUAGGGAAUAGAAACACGUACAGCUCGUUGGCUAACUGGCUAGAAAACCAAUCCAGUAAGAAGGAUCUGUUGGCAUCAACCAGUGACUGAUUGUAUAGGAUUUGUUGUUAAACAUCUUAAAGUGAGUCUGCGGUCGGAUCUUUAGUGGUUUUGCAGUUCUCCCGGGUGAUCGUUUGAAAUGGAUGACUUUAGCUCCAUCAGUCUGCUGUCUCUGGCUAUGCUGGUUGGCUGUUAUGUGGCUGGUACUAUUCCUCUGGCUGUCAACUUCUCUGAGGAGAAGCUCAAAUUGGUUACUGUAUUGGGCGCGGGACUGUUAUGUGGCACUGCACUGGCUGUCAUUAUUCCAGAGGGGGUUCAUGCACUCUAUGAGGAGAUGCUGGAAGGUGGGCACCAUCAUGGCCACGGGCAGGUAGAGGCAGAAGUUUCUGAGCCGAAGGUUGUAGAAGGAGUGGUGGGGCCCAGCGGUGAACAUGGCCAUGGUCACGAGCAGCUCCAUGCAUAUAUUGGGGUCUCUUUGGUACUGGGCUUUGUCUUCAUGCUGCUGGUGGAUCAAAUCGGCAGUUCUCACAUGCACAACAGUGAUGAUCCAGAGGCAGCGAGGGCUGCUAGCUCCAAGUUAACCACAACACUUGGAUUGGUUGUCCAUGCUGCAGCUGAUGGAGUUGCUCUUGGAGCUGCUGCGUCCACCUCUCAGACAAGCGUCCAGCUCAUUGUGUUUGUGGCCAUCAUGUUGCAUAAGGCCCCUGCUGCAUUUGGACUCGUGUCUUUUCUCAUGCAUGCGGGUUUAGAAAGAAAUCGCAUCCGGAAACAUCUGUUAGUCUUUGCCCUGGCAGCUCCUGCUUUGGCCAUGCUCACCUAUGUAGGACUCAGUCAGAGCAGUAAAGAGGCACUGUCCGAUGUCAAUGCCACUGGUGUGGCCAUGCUGUUUUCUGCUGGCACCUUCCUGUAUGUGGCUACGGUGCACGUUCUCCCGGAGGUGGGUGGCAUGGGGGGCCACAGCCACUCGCCGGCAGGGAGUGGAGGGAAAGGACUGAGCAAAGUGGAGGUUGGAGCUCUGGUGCUAGGAUGUCUGAUACCACUGGUGCUCUCCAUCGGCCAUCAGCACUAGAGGUCUUCACUUGAAGCAACAUAGAGGAAGGCGAAACCAUACCAGAAAGAGCGAAUGGGACUUUGAAUAGCGUUGGCCAAACAAGAACCUCACAUAAUUGGUUUGAAUCAUGUCUCUCAGUUUAUUCAAGUUGGUGAUUGGAUUGAAUGUAAGAACAUUCGAGAUGGGGACAGGAUUUGGGAAGCAUCUAUAGACUUCCGGAACGGGUGGCCCCGCCCCUCCACAAAGCACUAUGUGCUGACAUCUUGCAUUGACUAUACACAAAUAAUCAUGUGUCCAACUCUCUCCUUUUUUUCUUUUUUUCUUUUUUUGGGGUUUAUAAGGAUAGAUUGUGGUGGGGUUGGCAUGCAGGCUUUAAAUUUGGCAUUCUACUAGAUUUUGUAUGGAAUAUGUUCAUGAAUCUUUUAAAAUAGUUAAUUAAAAGUCAGUGUUUUUCAACCUUACAAACAUGUUAAACACAUGAGCCCCAAGAUUGUAAUUGUGAGUGUUUUUCCCCUAUCUUUUGCACAUAUCUUCAGUAAUGAUUUGUACAUGAAAAAUGUACUUGAUAUUCCAGUAAUCAAUAUGCUUCUCUAUAAUUAUGAAAACAUUCAAUGAAGUAUGGGCUAGUUUUGUUGUCAAACUUUGUUACUGCCAAAAUGUUUUCCUUCUUGGGUCACUCAUUAAAUGUAUGAAUUUGUUGGAGAAUCUUGGCAUGUAUAGAUAGUUAUUGAACAAACAUGAUAUCUAUAUUUGGUGGUUGUUCAUCUGGUGAACCACUGAUGGAUCAAUGUUUCCUGGUCUUUAUAUUAAGCUUUUCUUUUUGAAAGAGGUUGUUUUUUAGAUUAUUGUAUGCCGUUUUUAACCCAGUUAUGACACUUAAAAAGUUCAGUGUCCAAAGGCUUAGCUGUUGGACAUAUUGUUCUUUUUAGUUCAGUGCAUGCACAUCUUUGUUAUUUGACUUUUAAUGACUCAAUCCUGAUUGGUUGUUGAAUCAUGGAAAAAGGAUCUGAUUGGUCAUUCAGAUGUUUUGUACUGUGAUACCUGCUCGGAGCAGAGACUGUGUACUGUAAAUAUCUAUUCUCUGUAUGAAUGACAAACAAAUGCUCUGGACCAGUGGUUCCCAACCCUGUUCCUGAAGGCCCUCCAACACUACACAUUUUGGAUAUCUCCCUAAUCAAACACACCUGAUUCAGCUCAUCAGCUUGUUAGUGGAGACUCCAAGACCUGAAUUGGAUGUAUCAGUAAAGGGAGACAUACAAAAUGUGCAUUGUUGGGGGGCCUCCAGGAACAGGGUUGGUAACCACUGCUCUGAACAAAAAGAAAUCUCCUAGACUCCCUAUUUGACAUGCUGUUCGACACCCUGUUAUCUCUCAUAGUCUAACUUCAGUUUAUGUAAUAAGUGGGGAAUUGUGAUUGUUUUUAAUUACAUUUAUGACAUUGAUACUUUCAUUUUAUAUGGGUCCUCAUUGUCUUAACUGGUCCCACAGAGAAAUCGAGGUCAGUUGAGAAGAAUACAUGAUGGAUCUGUGAUCCUGUAGGUGGUGAUGGUGUAGUGGUGGCAUAGUGGUUACCUGGCUGGUAACCUAAAUGUUUUAGAUUCAAAACCUGAUUCAUGAACUUGGCAGGCUGUUGUGUAUCACCAAUGUGUUCACAAGCAAGUUACUGUAUGGUUGCUCAUCGGAAAGCUUAGGUAUGCAAGUGUUAAAAGAUUUUCAGUGCAAACUUGGACACCGGCAACUACUCAUGGGGCUUAAAUUGUGUUGCCAUCUGAGAGUAGUCUACUAUGAAAGCUGAGUUAGUGCUUUUAGCUCUCUAGCCCCCUCAUCUUUCUUAAUGUGGAAGAUACGCUGUUGAGCAUAGGCUCCAUGCUUACUUGCAGAUAGUAUGUCUUUUAAGACCCAAUUAAAAGGGAAAUAGGAGGUAAACUAGCCUCAUUUAAACCCAACAACGUGACCUUCACCCAGUGAUUUGGGACAGAUACGAAAUAAAACAGAAUUAUUAUGGAGAUGGUAAAGUGAAGUUUUGUGCCAUAUUGUUUUGUCUUAUUUUUACCGGUUUUAUGCCCACAGCUCUGUUACUUGGUUGGAUCUGUUGAGAUAGAGGAUGUGCAGGAAGGGUAAUCAUAUAUAGGAAAUAGCUUUUACAAUGACAAGGUGAGGGAUUGGAGGGGUGGGGCAUAUUGACAUCAAAGGCUGAGUUGUGAGGGCUUUUAUGUGAUCAUUCCACAAGAGAAGUAUGCCUUAUUUUUGUCUCGAUUGUCUAACUUAAAAUGGUUGCAAAACUCUCUGUUUAUGGUGAUUUGAAUAAACUUAUUUUCUUUUUUAAUGGAUGCAAAUCUUACUACGUACCUUAUUUUGCCUGUGUAAUAACAUUUUGAACUGCAUUGAAAAAUACUUUCAGAUUGUAAAAUAAAGCAGCAAAUAAA